AUGAGAGAGUUUGACACGUUAAUAUCUGAGUACCGCCAUGAAAAGAAACGCCCCCGCGAAUCGGAGGCACUCUUCAUCCUGCGCAAGGUCGCGUCCUUAGUCAAACCGAUCAUGCGACAGCGCGCCUGGAGAGUGGGUGCGCUAUGUGAAUUCUUUCCACAGCAGCGAAAUCUGCUGGGAUUGAAUGUCAACCACGGUCAGAAAAUCUGCCUGAGACUACGGUAUCCCUCUGACCAGAAACAAUUUCUACCCAUCGAAGAAGUUGUGGAUACGAUGCUUCAUGAACUUUGUCACAAUGUGAUUGGCCCUCACAACCAGCAAUUUCAUGCGUUGUGGAAUCAACUCCGCGACGAGCAUGAGGAACUCAUCAGAAAAGGCUACACCGGAGAGGGCUUCCUAUCGCAAGGAAAGCGCCUUGGUGGCACAAGAAUUCCAUUGGAUGAAGCUCGACGCCAGGCUCGUGCUGCUGCCGAACAGCGACGAGUACUCGGCAAAAAUUCUGGGAAAAAGCUCGGCGGUGCCCCUGUUCUCCGGGGAACAGAUUUACGCAAACUUCGUGCCGAUGCUGCCCAGAGGCGCUCUGAAGUCACCGCGGGCUGCGCUUCUGGCACAGACAGAGGCACCGAGCUUGCCGAAGAGGCAUCUAGGAAUGGGUUCAGGACUCAGGCCGAAGAGGACGACGCAAACGAGCGGGCUAUUAUGGAGGCUUUCAUUGAACUGAUACAGGAAGAAGAACGAGAAAAGCAUGGAUCUUCAUAUCUUCCACCCAGUCAAGAGCAUCCAGCUGGACCUCGAACCGUAUCUUCACCACCUACUGGAUCCAAUACGCCGCCUAUUACCUCUGAUACCCCAUCUGUGCCACCAAAAGAAGCCUCAACCUCUAAUGAGAGUCAGCAUGUAAACCAAAAAGCCGAUAACAGCUCAUAUGACAAACCUUGGACCUGCCCCAUGUGCACUCUGGAGAAUCCUUCCCGGUUUCUAUGCUGUGAUGUUUGUGCAGCAGAACGGCCGCUUCCGACCAAUACUCAACCAGAAUAUGCGUCUAACCCAGGGUGCACGUCUACACUAGCCAGUGCUCCUAAUCAAACCUCGCGAUCAGUCUCACGAGCCUCAACGAAACGAUCUUUACCUCCUGAUCAAGCGGACGAUGACAAGAAGAACCCCAAAGAUACAUUUGCCUUCAAGAACCGCACCCGUGCGAAAGAUUCUUUAAAAGACCUAGACCAAGGUGUCAACAAAAAACCCCUUGGGUGGGUUUGCACCUCGUGCGGCAGCUUCAUGGAAACGCUGUGGUGGACAUGCUCCUGCUGCGGAACCAUGAAGCCCUCCUCCUAA